AUGUCUGAAUCCGAACCCUCCCCCCAACAAAUCCAAAAUCCUCAAGAAACGACUUUACAGAAAACACGUACCAAUCUCGCUUAUCUACUCCUGGGCUCAAGAGCCAGUACAGUGCCUUCCAGUCGUAGAGUUAGAACAGCUUUAACAACUGCCAGAUAUUUGAUUCGGUAUAUCAUCCGUAGGGUAUUACGAUAUGCGAAAUACGCAAUUAUAGGAGCAGCCGUAGCUGCUGCUGCUGGGACUUUAGGUGUUUUCGGAGGAGGAUUAACUUUUUUCGCUGCUCCUGGUAUAUUAACUGGUAUGGGGAUAGGUUUAUUGACAGGGGUUAUCAAGUUCGGAUGGAAACAUCGUGGGAAUCACUUCCGAAGCGAUUUAUCAACUAUGCGUUCCCGUGCUCAGGCUGGACAUGAUGGAGCUGAAGAUGAGGCGUUGGAUGCGGAGGGUGAGGCCAGAAGGUUGGACCAGGAGAAGAGUGAGAGAAGGAGGGAUGUAUGA